AUGGUGAGGAAAAAGUUUAGAUCUGUAACUCGAAAGAAAAGAAAGAAAGUUUUUUAUGGAAAAGGAAAUAAAGAAUCAGAAAAUAAUUUAAAUUCACAGCUAGAGUUGGAAAGUUUCACCAUUAGCAGUUCGUUGGCUGAGGAUGAAGCAGCAGGUGAGCCGCGGCCGGGGCCUAGCCAUCAACGAAGUGAAAUAGAGCUAGCACUUCACCAUCAUAGCACCCCAGAUGACAAAAAAACGAGCAGAAGCCAACAUAAACUUUACAAUUCAUCAUUUUUGGAAUUUGAAAACAGUAUACCACAGCUUACAAGAAGUGCUCGGGUAAAUCUUGGACUGAAACCCCCAACAUUUGAGGAAGCCCAUGGCUAUAAAUUACAGGACUUCACACUGCUGCAGCAAUUUUUGAACGAAGCAACAGUUUGUAGAAAAUGUCGUAAAUCAAAGUCUGAGCUUGUUAUAAAACAAAUAAAUAGUCAAAGAGAUGGACUUGCUGAAAAAUGUGUUGUUACUUGUAAAAAUUGCAACUUUUCUUACAACCUUGAAACAAGCAAACAGAUUGGUGGAAAAGGAGGUGGAUCAUAUGAAGUAAACAGAAGAUCAGUGAUAGCCACAAUGUCCAGUGGGGGAGGACGGUCAAGCCUACAGAACUUUUGCACACAAAUGAACCUUCCUGCUCCAAUUUCUCAACCAGCAUUUGCUGCCCAAGUGAAGUUUAUAGAGUCUGCAUCAGUGACACAUGCAGAGGAAGUGAUGCGUGCUGCCGCACAACGUCUUAGAGAUUUGAUCUCUUCUGAGAAUCCAGAACUCAUCGAUGAAGACUCUGAUGGAGCACUACCAUGUAGUGUGACAGUGGAUGGCACAUGGCAACGAAGAAGACAUGCAUCAAAGAUUGGCAUAGUUUUUGUCAUGUCUGCUAGAACUGGAGAUAUAUUAGACUAUGAAGUUAAGUCAUUGGUGUGUCACCAAUGCAGCAAAGCCACUAAGAAACUUGGAAAUGAUACAGAUGAGAUAAAUCAAUGGCAGGAGACACAUAAACCAUUUUGUAACAUAAAUCAUAAGGGAACCUCCGAUGCUAUGGAAUCAUCUGCAGCAGUUGAUAUAUUCUCCAGAUCAAUCGAAAAGAGACAUCUCAAGUAUACCACAUAUGUAGGUGAUGGUGAUUCAAAUUCAUUUGGUAAAGUGAAAGCUGCCAUACAAGACAAGUAUGGAGACAGAUAUCCAAUUGUAAAAGAGGACUGUGUGGGCCACAUACAAAAAAGGAUGGGAACAGCUCUUAGAAGUUACAAGAAAGGGAAGAAAGGAAUGAAACUUUCUGAUGGAAAAACUGUUGGUGGUAAAGCAAGGCUCACAGAUCUUGUAAUUGAUAAAAUUCAAGGGUAUUAUGGAAAGGCAAUCAGGAGCAACAAAAAUAAUUUGGAAGGAAUGCAUAGAGCUGUUUGGGCAAUAUUUUGCCACACUAUUGCCAACUCAAAUGAAAGCCUUGAGCAACAACAUCGUUAUUGUCCCCAAGCCAGCGACACUUGGUGCAAAUUUGUGAAAGAUAAAAUUCAUAAUACAAAAUCAUAUUCUGAAGAAGGCAGACUACCAGAGGUGUUUCAUGAUGAAUUAAAGCCCAUUUUUACAAGACUUUCUGAUAGAGUUCUCCUUCAGAGAUGUCUUGCCGGCAUGACACAAAAUCAGAAUGAGUGUGUCAAUGGACAAGUCUGGGCAAGGUGUCCCAAGACCAGAUUUUGUGGCAAGAGAAGAGUCGUGGUUGCAGUGUGUGAAACAAUUGCUGUUUCAAAUACAGGUGCUGCAUCCAAAGCCAAGCUGUCUGAGAAGUCAGGGGUACACACUGGAAAAAACACAUUUAGAGGGCUCAGAUUUCAAGAUAAAACUAGGCUACAAUCAGCAGCUCAAAAGAUCUCUGAGAAAUACAUCAGAACAAGAACAAGAAGGAGACAAGCAUCAAAAAGAAAAGUGACAUGA